GGUGCGCACGUGAAAAACACUACUGGUAGUCAGUCACGAUUUGGGAAUAUGGCAUGAUAGAAAUCACAGGGUCAGUUGAAUUUCGGCAUCAGUUGUUUUUAAGAACAAGGUCUUAAAGGUCUCGGGUGUGAAGAUGGAGGGAAAGGAGCAGAAACGGCAUCAGCAGAAGCAAAGUGGCCGCAAGGCUGAGAAGAAGAAGAAGAGGAAGCAGUUGGAUCAGGGUGCAGAGCUGGAGCAGGAUGAGCGAAAAAGAAAUCCAAAAGCAUUUGCGGUUCGUUCAGCUGUACGCAUGGCCAGGACCUUCCACAGGACCCAAGACAUAAAAGCUAAGAAACAUCAUAUACCUUUGGUAGACCGCACACCUUUGGAGCCACCACCUGUCGUGGUGGUUGUCAUGGGGCCUCCGAAAGUGGGCAAGAGCACCCUCAUCCGUUGCCUGAUCAAAAACUACACACGGCAGAAGCUUUCAGAUACCUGUGGCCCUGUAACUAUAGUAUCAGGGAAGAAACGACGUCUGACUUUUAUCGAGUGUAACAACGAUAUCAAUACUAUGAUAGAUUUGGCAAAGGUUGCCGACCUGGUCCUUAUGCUGAUAGAUGCUAGUUUUGGCUUUGAGAUGGAGACCUUUGAGUUCCUGAACAUCUGUCAGGUCCAUGGUUUCCCUCGUGUCAUGGGGGUGCUCACACAUUUGGACUCGUUCAAAAACACAAAGUCGCUCAAUAAGACCAAGAAACGCCUCAAACAUCGCUUCUGGACUGAAGUGUACCAGGGAGCCAAACUGUUUUACCUGUCUGGGAUGGUGUAUGGUGAGUACCAGACACAGGAAGUGAAGAACCUUGGACGAUUCAUUUCAGUCAUGAAGUUUAGACCCCUGGUGUGGCAAACCUCUCACCCUUAUGUUUUGGCUGAUCGGAUGGAAGAUCUAACUGAUCCAGAGGCGAUUCGAUUAGAUCCAAAAUGCGACAGAACUGUCUCUCUGUAUGGCUACCUGCGUGGGACAUUCCUGAAAAACAAAGGCCAAGUUCAUAUCCCAGGAGUAGGAGACUUCUCUCUAUCCGACGUCAGUUUUCUUCCUGACCCGUGUCCGCUGCCGGAGGUGCUGAAGAAGAGAGCGCUGAAUGAGAAGGAGAGGCUGCUCUACGCUCCCAUGUCUGGGGUUGGAGGAGUGGUGUAUGAUAAAGAUGCAGUGUACAUUGACAUGCCUAUUGGCCAUGUCAAACAGGACCAGGAGGAGGUGCGUCCUGCCACAGAGCUGAUGCAGUCCCUCAUGGGCACACAGGCUACUCUGGAUGUCAAGAUUGCUGCCAGCAAAGUUUCUCUGUUCACAGGAACUGCAGCACUGACCCCAGAGGAAGUGCAGGAGAAAAGCGGAAAGGAAGAACCUGUGGAGAGCCGAGUGUGGGACCCGGUGACUCAGAGAGAGAGGAGGAAAGCUGUCUUUAGUGAGGAAACCAAGAAAGACAAUCGUGAUGAGGAAGAGUCAGAUGAGGAAAGUGAAAGGGAGGAGGAGGAAGAAGAGGAGGAGGAGGAAGAAGAGGAGGAGGAGGAAGAUGAUUGGGAGGAAGAGGAGGAUGGAGAUGAUGAGGGCAGACUGGACAAGGGUGAAGUGGCAAAGUCUGAAAGGAAAACAAUGAAAGAAGAAGCUCCUCCCACGAAGAGACAGAAGUUGGAGGAAACUGGAAAAGACAGCAGGCCUGUAGUAGAGAUGCCUGCGUUUGCAGACAGUGAUGAUGACCUGGAGAAGAGUGAUGAAGAAGAAUCAGAAGAAGACACAGAUGAAAAGGAGGAGGAAAUGGAGGAAGAGAAAGAGAAGCCUAAGAAAAGAAGCUCUGCACCUCCAGACUCUGGUCACUGCUCUGAGGAGGAUAGUGAUGACGGCUAUGAAGGAGAGGAAGUGCAAGGCGAUAGCGACUCAGAAAUGGAAGAACAAGGAAAUGUUAAACCAGCCGUAAGAGAGGCUGCAAGGCUAAAGACAGCUCCUGAUGAUGAUGAUGAUGAGGAGGAGAUAGAAGAGAUAGAGGAGAUGGAUGUCGAAGACGAAGAAGAGCUUGGAUCUGAAACUCCUGGAGCACUCCGCUGGAAAGAAGAUUUGGCCCGGAAAGCCAUGGAAGCGCAUCAGAGACGACAACGUGCUACACCUAACCUACGCAAGCUGGUGUAUGGCACAGUGGUGGAGGAGGAGGAAGCAAACAGCGAGGAGGAGGAGUUGGGUGGGCUGUUCCGAGUUAGUCGGCCAGAGAAGAGUAAGAAAGUAAAAGUGGAUGCUGUGGACUGCUCACGUUUCCAGCCUGAUGCAAGCCACGACUGGGACCAGGAGGAGAUGUUGGCCUCCAUUAGAGACUGCUUUGUAACUGGAAAAUGGGAAGGAGACAAAGAUGCUACAACUCUGCUUAAAGAGGAUGAUGAAAUGUAUGGUGAUUUUGAGGACCUGGAAACUGGAGAGGUUCACAAAGCAAACUCUGGGAAAGGAGAUGAAGCUGAGGGAGAUGAGGAGGAGGAGGAUGAAGAAGAGGCACCGACGUUAGUGAAGGUUGAUGAUGAAGAAGCUCAGAAAAACAAGCGUCUGGAAAAGAAGAGGAGACUGAAGGAGAGGUUCAAUGCAGAAUAUGAUGAUGGAGAUGCUACCUACUUUGAUGACCUCAAAGAAGAGAUGCAGAAGCAGGCUGAGCUGAACAGGGCUGAGUUUGAGGAAAUGGAUGAUGAGUCUCGUGUUCAGUACGAGGGCUUCAGGCCUGGCAUGUACGUGCGCCUGGAAAUCUCUGCACUUCCGUGCGAGUUUGUUACCAACUUUGACCCACAUUAUCCAGUCAUAGUCGGUGCCUUGGGAGCCAGCGAAGGCAACAUAGGCUAUUUGCAGAUGCGUUUGAAGAAACACCGCUGGUAUAAUCGCAUCCUGAAGACCCGUGACCCACUCAUUCUGUCGUUAGGCUGGAGACGUUUCCAGACAAUUCCUCUCUACCACAUUGAAGAUCACAAUGGCCGUCACCGCUUGCUCAAAUACACUCCUGAACAUAUGCACUGUGGCGCCUCUAUCUGGGGACCUCUCACACCCCAGGGCACAGGCUUUCUUGCUGUUCAGUGUGUUGCAGGGACUCGAGCCAAUUUCCGCAUUGCAGCCACUGGAGUUGUCUUGGACUUGGACAAAUCUGUGACCGUUGUGAAGAAGCUGAAGCUGAUUGGAUACCCAUAUAAGAUUUUUAAGAACACCUGCUUUAUACAGGGAAUGUUUAAUACAGUCCUGGAGGUCGCAAAAUUCGAGGGUGCCUCUAUCCGCACGGUCAGUGGGAUCAAAGGUCAGAUUAAAAAGGCUCUGCGGUCACCGCCUGGGGCCUUCCGAGCAACGUUCGAAGACAGACUCCUCAUGAGUGAUAUUGUGUUCCUGCGCUCCUGGUAUCCUGUCUCAGUUCCUCAGCUGUAUAACCCAGUGACAUCUCUGCUGAUGUCUGUUGGUCAGAAGGACACAUGGAUGGGUAUGAGGACCCUUGGGCAUCUUAAACAUGACUUGGGAAUAAGGAACCAACCCAAUCAAGACUCUCUGUACAAGCCCAUUGUGAGGCAGAAGCGACACUUCAACCCCCUCCAUAUCCCCAAAGAGCUGCAGAAGGCUUUGCCAUUUAAGAGCAAACCCAAAAAGCAGGAGGCCAAGGGCAAAAUCCCCCGGGACCUGAUGAGACCCGCCGUGAUCCGGGAGCCGCACGAGAGGAAGGUGGCAGCAUUGCUCAACGCCCUGAGCACAGUCUACUCUUACAAGACAAAGAAGGCUCAAGCAGAGCAGCACAUGAAGCACAAAGAAUUCCUGAAGAAGAAGGAGAAGCAGGAGGCAGAGAAGCUGAAGAGGCAGAAGGAAGAACGAAAAAAGGUAUACCGUGCUAUGGGACAGAAGGAGAAGAAGAAACUCAAAGCCAGCCUGAAAGGAGCCUCUAAUGAUAACUGAACAUGCUGUACCUAGCGCUGCUGGACUUCAGCUCAGCGUUCACUGGACCCCCAACGUCUGGCUGUGUCACUCACUGUCUUUUCACCAGAUGUGCAGGUUCUAGUGUGGAGAUUUUCAAUGUUAUGUGAGAUGGAGCUGAGUCGUGUAUGUAUUUAAUCAAAGAAACAAGGAUCGCAUGUCAUGGUGCUACUGGCCAGCUGUUUGACUCAAAUGUGAGGAUUUAUAGGCACCAUUCACAUGUGACCAUCACAUUCGUCUCAGAAAUGUGGGUUGCUAUAUAGAUUUAUUGGUUUUCUUAUUCCUGAAAGUCAUGUCCGUUUGAUAUCAUGUAAAUGCUUUGUAAUGUUGGUUUUAAUAAAAGUAACUAAUGUGUAUUUCCUGACAUAA